AUGUUGAAUAAAGAAUCCUUGCGUCAUCAAAAAUGUUUAAUAUCACUUGUAUUUAUUUUAUUAAUGAUUUUAUUAUUUUUCUAUUCAUUUGGAACUUUGUGUGGGCCCUCGAUAUCUUUUAAUGUGAAUAGACAACUCACAACAAUAACAACAACACUCAUUAAUUUAAAAUUGAGUCCGGUUUCAAAUAUUCAGGAGCCAUACAUAUUUUCAAAAAAACAGUAUUUAAAUGAAACUCGCCAGCCUACUGUAAAUGUUAUUGCCUUCUUAGUGGCAAGUCCUACUGGUGAUAUGCGCCUAGCUUAUAAUCCUUAUCCAAGACUUCGUGAGAGAGUUAUUCAACUUGAUGAACGUCUUGGUGAUAAUAAGACAGCAGAUCUAAUUAUAUUUCAUACUGGUUAUCCGUUUCAUGGAGAUGUAACAUCAAUAAUGAAGGCCACCGCACGAAACGUACUGUUCGUGAAUGUUGAUCACAUAUUUUACAGAUUUUCUCCUGGUUUCGAUCCACAUAUAAGAGAUCCAACUUGGACACAGAGAGGUAAAUGGAAUUAUCAUCAUAUGUGCUAUUUUUGGUUUAAACAAGUAUUCGAAUUAAAAAUUAUUCAACAAUAUCGAUACAUGAUGCGACUUGAUGAUGAUUCGCAAAUGCUAGGUAAAUGGCCUAAUGUAUUCGAAAUAAUCGCCAAACGUCAAGCUCUUUACAUCGCAAAUAGAAGAGAAGUGGAUUUCGAUUAUGUUCUUCCUGGUAUGACACUCGUAAGAAAUAUCACUCUGGCUUUCAUAAGAAAAUAUAAUAUAAGACCUCGGAAUCCUGAUAUGAUGGCUGAUAUCUUUAAUCGUACACUAGAAACACCUAAUUAUUGGAAUAAUGUUGAAGUAAUAGAUUUAUCAUUGAUUCGUCAAAUAGAAGUUAUUGACUUUAUGCGUUGGGUUGAUGAAUCAAGAGGCAUAUUUCUCUAUCGUUGGGGUGAUGCUCCUCUUCGUUAUAUAACAUUAGCACUUUUUGUAAAUGCAACGCAAAUAUUGCAUUUAAAUAAACUAGAACUUGGCUAUUGUCACCCUUGUUAA